AUGGCUUCCUUCUUAAUAUGGACAAUUAUUUUUACAAUUUUGAUUGUAACAAUCACAUAAACUCAAAAAUAUAUUUAGGAUAAUCUAAAAUCAAUAUCAAAUGAAAUAUUUAUUAAAUAAACCUCAUAAUAGCUUGAUAACAUCUGGAUUUACAAAAAAAGCAUGGAAAGAAUGUUUUAAUUCACUAGAAAUUAGAUUUAUUCAACUAGAAGAAUUUAUAAAUACUUUGAUUAUUUAGAAAAUCAUUCUUAAGAAAAUCAUUCUUAAGAAAAUUUAUAUUUUGAAAAGCCUCAUAUGUGUUUAAACAAUUAAUCAGAAGUUGAUUCUUAUUGUUUCAAAUCUGCUACUACAUGUGGAAUAUUUGGUGUUCCAUUAAAUAAUAAUAAUUUAGAGAGAGAAGAAAGAAGUAUGAUUGCAUUAACAUUUAUUCUUACUUCAUUUAGAAUUGCUCUUGAUCACACAUAUUCUGCUCCUCUCUAUUACUUUCUUGAUAGCAAUUCACUAUUUUAUUGUAUUACAACUGGAAUACCUUUUCCUAAAAACUUCAUACCAAAUUAAAGAUCUUAUUAUAUUGAAUUUAAAUAAAAAAUAUCAAAUGAUUCAAUUUUGGAUAAUGUUUAUUUUGCAAGUCCAUAUCAAGUAGUAUCAGGUAUGAUUAAAAUACCUAUGAUGAUUUCUUUAGUUGAUAAUAAAGAUAAUAUAGUAGGUAUCAUUGCUAAAGAUAUAGAUUUUGGAUAUGCAUCAGUUGCAUCUAAUUUUAAUACUAAUACUACACUCUAUGUAAUAGAUAAUUAGGGCAAAAUAUUUUAUUCACUACUUUAUAAUUAGGUGAAUUUAUCAGUUUAUUAUUUUAAUGAUUCCAACAUUACUGGAUUCGAUACAAAUGAUUUUAUUUAAGUUAUGAAUAAUCAUAAUGGACUACCUUUUCAAAACAAUUGUCUUAAUUAAUAAAACAAUAAAAUUCUUUGCAGAUACAAUUCAAAGGUUAAGGAUAAUUUAAUAAUAAAAUCAACUUAAUUAGCCAAUUCUCCACUUAUCUUAAUUGUUCUUAUUGAAACUAAUACAGUUUAAUAAUAGAGUAAUGAUCACUUUAAUCUACAAAAAGAAUUGCAAGCAAUAGCAGUCUAAGAAACAAUAAUCAUAAUAUUUUGUAUACCAAUAGCAAUUAUUCUAAUAUCAUAAACAAUAAUUUAUUUAUUACUAAAACAAUUGAAUUUGCUAAUUAAUUUAGUUAAGUAAAAAGUGUACUAAAAUAAAAAAGAGUAUUAUUUUUCAUUUCUUAAUAAAAAAAGUCUUUUUCAAUCAGAAUCUGUAUCUGACUUGAUAAUUGCAUCGAAUAAACUAUUUACUUCUAUAAUAAGUGCUAAUAAAUCUGAUGAAUGUAAAUAAUAAGAAACUAUUAAAUAUCCAUAAUAUUUAUGUUCGCAUUAAAGAAUGAAAGCUCGAUUAACAUAUAUGAUUAGGUUUUAUUAUGAUUAACUAAAAGAUAAAUUAAAAGUUAAAGGAUUUGAAUUCAAAAAAAUCAUAAACUUUUAAAACUUAAAUUGA